AUGGCCCUGUACUGCAGCGAAAACUUCGUGUACUCACAGCCCGCCGCCGCCGCCGCGCCCGGUGCGCCCUCGACCUCCAGGGCGCCCUACUCGUUUUCCGACUACGCCGCGCCGCCCGCCGCGGCCGCCAACCCCUACCUGUGGCUCAACGGGCCCGGCGUGGGCGGCCCGGCCUCCGCUGCGGGCUACCUGGGCGCCCCGCCGCCGCCCCCCGGAGCAGCUCCCGGGCCGUUCCUGCAGCCCCCGGCCGCUCCGGGCACCUUCGCGGGCACCCAGCGGGGCUUCACGCAGCCCUCGGCUGCUGCUCCCGCCUCGCCCGCCGGCUCGGCAGCUCCGGGCGAGUUGGGCUGGCUGUCGAUGGCCAGCCGCGAGGAUCUGAUGAAGAUGGUGCGUCCGCCCUACUCGUACUCGGCGCUCAUCGCCAUGGCCAUCCAGAGCGCACCCGAGCGCAAGCUCACCCUGAGCCACAUCUACCAGUUCGUUGCCGACAACUUCCCUUUCUACCAGCGCAGCAAGGCUGGAUGGCAGAAUUCCAUCCGCCACAACCUAUCACUCAACGACUGCUUCAAGAAGGUGCCCCGCGACGAGGACGACCCAGGAAAAGGUAAUUACUGGACUCUAGAUCCAAACUGUGAAAAAAUGUUCGACAAUGGAAACUUCCGUCGGAAGCGAAAGCGCCGUUCUGAGGCCAACAGCAACCUCACUGCAGCUUCAGGAACAUCAAAAUCGGAAGGGCUAUCCUCAAGACUAAGAGCGAGUGGGAAGCUAGAAGGAGACAGCCCCUCCUCUGCGAUGAGGCCAUCUCAGUCACCAGAGUCUCCAGAUGACACCAAGAGUACCUCCUCCUCUCCUGGAGCAUCCAUCCCGUGCCUCAACACUUUCUUCAGCAGCCUUAGCACGCUAAGUGUGAACCCCAGCAGCAUGAGCACCCAGCGAGCCAUCCCAGGCAAUCACCGCCACCUAGGGGGCACCCAGCUGCCCUCCAGCACGUUCUCCAACACCUCCACCCCAAACAGCUCUCCAGACUCCGUGCAGCUGAGCACGGUGGGCGGAAGCAACCAGCUGUCUUCUUCCUACUACAGCCCAUUCCCUGGCGGCAGCAGUGGGGACCAGAGUAGCCCCUUCAGCAGCCCUUUCUACAACUUCAGCAUGGUCAACAGCCUCAUCUACCCCCGGGAUGGCUCUGAUAUGUAA